AUGAGUUCUUCUUAUCACCCCCAAACAUAUGGACAAACAGAGGUUACUAAUGGCACUAUUGAACAGUAUUUGAGGGCUUUUGUUCAUCACAAACCCUCUCUUUGGCAUCGUUUUCUCCCUUGGGUAGAGUAUCAUUACAAUACAUCCUUUCACUCAUAUGCUGGUAUGACACCUUAUGAGGUGGUUUAUGGUAAGCUUCCCCCUUCUAUCCCAUCUUAUGUGAUUGGUACUUCCGAGUUAGCUGCUUCUGAUGAAUUAGUUAGUUCACAAGAAGCUGUGUUGGAUUUACUUAAGAAUAAUUUGGCUAAGGCUCAGCAACAGGUCUUGGUGCAGUGGACUGGUCUUGCACCAGAGAAGGCAUCAUGGGAAGUUUGGCAGAUGAUGCAACAGGUUUACAACCUUGAGGACAAGGUUGAAUUUGGAGGGGUGGAUAUUGGUACAGAUGCGGAUCAAGGGAGUGGUAUUAGCAAAUUGCAGCCCACUAUAAUUAAUGAUGUUAGGCCCAUUCGCGUAAGGAAACUCCCUUCCAAAUUCAAGAAUCACAUUGUUUACAAAUGA